GCCUGGAGCCCACGGCUGCUGCUACAGUGUGACCAAGGUUAGCCGACACAAUGGGUAAGAUUAUAUUCUACGAGGACAGGAACUUCCAGGGUCGCUCCUAUGAGUGCAGCAGCGAAUGCUCCGACCUGCAUUCCCACUUCAGCCGCUGCAACUCCAUCAGAGUGGACAGCGGUGACUGGAUGGUCUAUGAGAGACCCAACUACAUGGGCUACCAGUACUUCCUGAGGAAGGGUGACUAUCCAGACUACCAGCGCUGGAUGGGAUUCAACGACUGUGUGCGAUCCUGCCGUAUGAUCCCAGUGCAAGAAGGCUCCCACAAAAUGAUGAUCUACGAGCGCCCGGAGUUCGGAGGCCAGAUGGUGGAGCUGACCGAUGACUGCCCCUCCCUGUACGAACGCUUCCAUCUCAACGACAUCUACUCCUGCAACGUGAUGGAAGGCUACUGGAUUUUCUACGAACAUCCCCAUUACAGGGGACGCCAGUACCUGAUGCGCCCCGGUGAAUACAGGAGGUUUAAUGAGUGGGGAAGCAAGAGUCCCAGAGUGGGAUCCAUCAGGCGUAUCACCGUGUGA